GGGCUGGGGGGGAAGCGGCGAAACGGCUAGCGGGAUGGAACCGGGGGGAGCUUGGGGGUUGUGGGCAGCGCUGGGUUGCGGGCUCUGCCUGCUGGCGGGCGGGCAGGAGCAGGCAGGCGGCGGGCAGCCUUGGAGGCAGCUGAUCCAAUGGGAGAACAACGGCCGCGUUUACAGCUUGCUUAAUACCGGCGCCGAGUACGUCCCGGCCGGGCAAGAGAGACCCGGAGGGAACCGGUUGUUGUUGGCGGGAGCGAUGAGCGGAGGAACGGGCAACGUUCGGCGGCAGGCACCGGUGGUACCGCCGCGGCCGGGCUCCGAGACGGUGCGGGGGCAGACGAGGCAUCCCUUCGGUUUCGGGCAGGUGCCCGAAAAUUGGCGGGAGGGACCGGUGGGCGACAGUACCGCUUCGCAACGGGUACGGCCCGCCGGCCGCUCGCGCCAACCUUCCUCCUCCUCGUCCUCCUCCUCCUCGUCCUUCGCCUACGCCUCCGUCGGGCAGCCGGCGUACCCCCAGUUCCCCUUCGCCCCCCAAUACGAGCCCUACGAGGCGCCCCGGGCGUACGACGAGGCGUACACCUAUUACCGGGGUGCCGGCGGGGCGGCCGUGGCUUCAGCGGCGGCGGGCGCCAGCGUGGUGUACCCCUUCCAAGCCCGGGCACGCUACGAGGACUACGGGGAGGAGCAGAGCCCCUACAGAGCCCAGGGUUACUACCCGGCGGGCGAACGCCCCUACGUGCCCGCCGCCCCUCAACCGGUCGACGGGCUGGACCGCCGGUACUCCCAUAGCUUGUACCACGACGCGGGGGGCUCGCCGGAGCAGGGCGGCCCGGACUCGUACGCCAACCGGCAACCCACCGGCCACGGCGUCGCGUCGGCGGAUAACCUACAAGCUCCCACCGGGACGGGGUACGGGGGCCAGUACCCGCCCUACGAGCCGCAGCCGCCUUUUCGGGCGCCGGAACCUUACGGGGUUCCUCGCCCCGAGCCCUACCUGCCCGCCAGGAGCCCCGAAAUGCCGCAAGCCGUCCCUGAUAGCCAAGCACGGGUCAGCGUGGGCAGCGUCUACAGGCCCAGCCACGGCGGACGGGGUCUCCCCGACUUGGUGCCAGACCCCAACUACGUGCAAGCGUCCACCUACGUGCAGCGAGCUCACCUGUACUCGCUGCGCUGCGCGGCCGAGGAGAAGUGCCUGGCCAGCACCGCCUACACCGCCGAAGCCACCGACUACGACGUGCGGGUGCUCCUGCGGUUUCCCCAGCGGGUGAAGAACCAGGGCACGGCCGACUUUCUGCCCAGCCGGCCCCGGCACAGCUGGGAAUGGCACAGUUGCCACCAGCACUACCACAGCAUGGAUGAGUUCAGCCACUACGACCUGCUGGAUGCCACCACGGGGAGGAAGGUGGCCGAGGGCCACAAGGCGAGCUUCUGCCUGGAGGACACCACCUGUGAUUUCGGCAACCUGAAGCGUUACGCCUGCACGGCCCACACCCAGGGCUUGAGCCCGGGCUGCUACGACACCUACAACGCCGACAUCGACUGCCAGUGGAUCGAUAUAACGGACGUGCAGCCGGGGAAUUACGUCUUAAAGGUUCAAGUGAACCCCAAAUACAUCGUCCUGGAGUCAGACUUCACCAACAACGUGGUGAGGUGCAACAUCCAUUACACCGGACGCUACGUCGCCACGACAAACUGCAAGAUUUCCCAAUCUUGAUGGGAGCAGGGCCAGAGGGACAUCACCUGCCCCAGCCUCUGUCCCCCUCGCGAGAAAGUGCCUGAGCUGGCUCCUCUGUCCCACCGGAGACCCCGGAGCCCAUCAGCAGCUCCUUGAGACCCCCCCCAAGCCCCCCCCCCCAUUUCUUCACGUUAAAAGGAGGGGAAGCGAGAAUGACUCUUUGAAAUAUUUUUUUAUACUUAACUUUUCUUUAACCUUCAUUUUUUUUUUCCAUUUCCUAAGGGAAACCGAUGCUGAGUUUUAGCUGGAAUAAAGGCAGGGGCCCAUAAAUGCUGUAUAAAUGAUGUAAAUCGCAUAUUAGCAAUAGAGAGCUCUGUAGUCGUUAACCCCUUCAGCAUUUUUUGGGGGGGGGGGUGGUCUCCAGCAAUGCCGCCUCCCCGGGGGGGGGAGAAGACAGCCCGGAUUUGGAGCUGCUGCCCUGGCUGGGAUCUGUUCCACUUUUAAAAAUAGGGAGGGAGUCCUUGAGAUGACUGGAAGUCUUGGUUUAUUAUUAUUUUUAUUAUUAAUAUUAUUAUUAUUUUCACAAGCUUUAAAACCAGAAAUCAUUAAAACACGUUGCUUUUGA